AUGCAGUGGCAGAGCCUAGCCGCCGCCGUCCUCCUCUUCGCCGUCGCUCAGGCCGCUCCAAUCUCAACAGAUGAGCCCCGAGUGCUCUUCACCUGCCCACCGGAGAGCCUGUGCUAUGCGAGCCCACCAAAUUGUUUCGACAAUUGCAAUGCAGCUUUUAGUAUCACAAACCCGGUAAAUUUCACAUCAAUAUACAAUAUUACAAUGAUGUCGCCAUUGAGCUAUACGGCUGUCCUUAUUAAGGAACAGGGCAAGGAUAAGUACGACAAGGCAGUUAUUUGUACGCUCUAUGCACCAAGAGGGCAAGUGGUCCAAGUGAACUAUCCGGAUCCAGUCAAACUCAACCCGGACAUAGGGCCAAAUUUGGCAUACUUCCAGUUCAUCGAUGUCACCGAAGCUGAUGGUCAUACAGAUACAACAUACACUCAGUGUUCGAUGAACAUUUCAGAAAAUGCACCGAAGAAGGCGAAAUUCAAGUUGAUCAGUGGGAAAUGGCGAAAUGACCUUAUCUUGGAUGAAAACCUUGCCAUCGAUGUCGUACCAGCUGUGGAGGGAGCGCAUGUGAUGUCAAAUAGUCAGAGGAUCGACAUCCCGUCUCCAGAUCUCGCUGCUGUGCGAGCGGACGAGGAAACAAGCGAGUUGGACGAGAAAAUUUCUGAGGUGAUUCUUUUUUUCAUGAUUUUUAAAAUAAUACCUUUGGCCUUUUUGGGGCCUUCUUGA